AUGCGCGCUGCUGUUAUUACGGAGCCGGGCGGGCCUGAUGUUCUGAAGGUGCGGGAAGUGCCGGAUCCUGUUCCUGGGCCGGAUGAUGUGCUGGUGGACGUCAAGGCGUCGGCGCUGAACCGGGCGGAUACGCUGCAGCGGCAGGGCGGGUACCCGGCACCUCCGGGUAGUCCCGACGACAUUCCUGGGCUGGAGUUCUCGGGCGUGGUGGUAGAGGCCGGAGCCAACGUAACGGACCUGUCGGCAGGGGACCGGGUGUUCGGUCUGCUGGGCGGCGGCGGGUAUGCGUCGCGGGUGGUCACGCACUCGCGGAUGGCAAUGCGGAUUCCCAAAGGGCUGGACUUCGAGCAGGCGGCGGCGUUCCCCGAGGUGUUCUUCACCGCCUACGACGCGCUGUUCAACCACUGCGAGCUGGCCAUGGGUGAGUCGGUGCUGAUCCACGCGGCUGGGAGCGGUGUGGGGACGGCUGCAGUGCAACUGGCCCACAGCGCGGGGGCGUACGUGUUCGGCACGGCGGGCAGUGAGGACAAGCUGCAGGGCGCGAAAGACCUAGGCAUGGACGUUGGCAUCAACUACCGCGAGCAGGACUUCAGCGCGGUGGUGCGAGAGCACACCGGCGGGGCGGGCGUAGACGUGCUGCUGGACGUGAUCGGGGCGGACUACUGGGACAGGAACCUGGCGUCGCUGGCCCUGAGAGGGCGGCUGGUGCUGGUUGGUACCAUGGGCGGGGGAGCCGUACAGGCCGACCUGCGGCCCUUGAUGUUCAAGCGGCUGCGGGUGCACGGUACGGUGCUGCGUUCUCGGCCGAUUGAGGAGAAGAUCGCGCUGACCAACCAGAUCAAGCGGCAUGUGCUGCCGCUGAUAGACUCGGGAGCCAUGAAGCCAGUAGUGGACAAGGUGUUUCCGCUGGCGGAGGCCGGUGAGGCGCACCGUUACAUGGAGAGCAACGCCAACUUCGGGAAGAUAGUUCUCUCUAUGGAGUAA